AUGAGGAGAACGUGGUGUGUGGUGUGGGAAGGAGAGAAGCCUUCACAGCUCUGCCGAAUUCCUGAAGUGCAGUUUGGUUUCACACCUAAAAGCUGCAUUUCCUGAGGUUUUCCAGCAGUGUGGGCACCUGGCUGGAGCCCAGGAUGUGCAGACUCAGAGAACUGGUGAAGUCCAUGAAAUUCUGGACAGAACUGAGGCGGUUUUGCUGCUCACUCAGGUUGGGUGUGCCUGAGGUGCUGCCUGUGUUUAUUGCUGAGAUGGGGCAGCUCUGGGACAGCUCUGCUCCUGGUUUGCUUGGCUUGGCAGCUGCAGGGGGGGGGAGAAUGGCAAUUCCUGAGCCUGGGGACAGCAGAUCACUGAUUUUUGCUUGUCUUGCAGGGGCUGAGGCACCAUGGAGCAGUACACAGCCAACAGCAGCAGCUCCACGGAGCAGAUCGUGGUGCAGGCAGGGCAGAUCCAGCAGCAGCAGCAGGGAGGUGUCACAGCUGUCCAGCUGCAGACUGAGGCUCAGGUGGCAUCGGCCUCAGGCCAGCAAGUCCAGACCCUCCAGGUAGUGCAGGGGCAGCCUCUGAUGGUGCAGGUGAGCGGGGGGCAGCUCAUCACCUCCACGGGCCAGCCCAUCAUGGUGCAGGCUGUGCCUGGGGGCCAGGGCCAGACCAUCAUGCAGGUGCCCGUGUCUGGCACACAGGGGCUGCAGCAGAUUCAGUUGGUCCAGCCAGGUCAGAUUCAGAUUCAAGGUGGGCAGGCUGUGCAGGUACAGGGGCAGCAGGGCCAGACCCAGCAGAUCAUUAUACAGCAGCCCCAGACUGCAGUUACUGCUGGCCAGACACAGACCCAGCAGCAGAUUGCAGUGCAAGGCCAGCAGGUUGCCCAGGCUGCUGAGGGCCAGACCAUCGUGUACCAGCCUGUGAAUGCUGAUGGCACCAUCCUGCAGCAAGUUACAGUCCCUGUUACAGGCAUGAUCACCAUUCCUGCAGCCAGCCUGGCUGGAGCCCAGAUUGUCCAAACAGGAGCCAACACCAACACCACCAGCAGUGGCCAGGGCACGGUGACAGUGACACUGCCAGUGGCUGGGAACGUGGUCAAUUCAGGGGGAAUGGUCAUGAUGGUGCCUGGAGCUGGCUCAGUCCCAGCCAUCCAGAGGAUCCCUCUGCCUGGAGCAGAGAUGCUGGAGGAGGAGCCCCUCUAUGUCAAUGCCAAGCAGUACCACCGCAUCCUGAAGAGGAGACAGGCACGGGCCAAGCUGGAAGCAGAGGGAAAAAUCCCCAAGGAGAGAAGGAAAUACCUGCACGAGUCCCGGCACCGGCACGCCAUGGCCCGCAAGCGGGGAGAGGGGGGGCGCUUCUUCUCCCCCAAGGAAAAGGACAGCCCCCACAUGCAGGAUCCAAGUCAAACCAACGAGGAAGCGAUGACACAGAUGAUCAGAGUCUCCUAACCCCUGCUUCCAGGGAGAAGCCCCUGAAGGGAAUUCCCAUCCCUGCUGCCAGCCUGUCCUGCCUGCCCAGAGUGCCAGUGAAUCCUGGAGUGGGACAAUCUCCAUGUCACAGCCUGUCCUUUUCCACAGAGCAAGCACCACGAGGUUUUAAACUCUGCAAGCAGAACCUUUCAGACUUCCUUGGUGCCCUUUCCUGCUCCAGCACAGGGAAUUCAGAGUCUGAGCACUCAUCCCUUUGCUUUUCCUUCCUUUUCCCACCUCAACCCCAGUGGCUGGUGCAGCUCAGCUCUGUGCAGGGACAGAUUCCAGCUCCUGAACGUGCUGCACCACAGGCCUGUGUUUGCCCAGCAGAGAUUUGUUAUUCCAUCCACUCCUCACCCCUUUGGACUUGGUUUUCCCUGAGCUGGGCCCUGCUCUUGCACUUCAGACCCUGGCAGAAACUGAAGGGGAUUCUUUUCAAUUCCACCUUGUAAAUGUGUAAAGAAAACUCUUCUCUGGGAAAGGUUCAGCCAUCCAAUCAAUGCUAGAAAUAGUCAAGAUUACUGCAGGACUUGAUGUGUCGUGUCUCUGUUGCAAGUGGGGUGGGAGAGGGAUUUGUGGGGGGAUGGGGUCAGUAAAUCAGUCUCUGGGUGGUUUUGGAUGUUCAUUGCCAGUAUUUGUUGCUUCAGAAGAAAACUGGAUGCAAGUAUGAAAAGGAUUGAAACUUUUAAGUGAGUCUCUUCCAAAGGAAUUUUUUUUGUUGCUGUUAUUUUUGUUUUAAAAUCUUCUUUCUCACCUGCCAGUGAAUCCAUGGUUCCUCCAAGAGAUGUGGAGCCCUCAGUGUCAGUGGUGGCACUUGGCCAUUGCUGGGAUGGAAUUUCUGAUGCCUAAAUCAGUUCUGCAGUUCCAGAGGGAGGGAUGGAUGGAUGAUUGAGGACAGCAGCAGCUGGGGCAGCUCAACCUCAGGUACCUGAAGGGCUCAGCAGAUGAAGGCAGAUACUGAUGAACCUUUCGUGCUUUUUACAAAUUAAGCUCUUAAAAAAAACAAAAACCUCAAAAGUGGCACUUAGUGAAGGAGCAAUAGUUAUAUUAUUAAAAAUUAGAAUUUUUUCCAUGACCUACAGCUGGCUUUAGGCUGAGCAUCUCCACAGAACAGAGCUUUAAUUUAGAUUCUAAGCCUGCUCUUCUAUAAUUUGAAUUUUGGUGACGGGAGCAGUAGUUAAAAGCAUUUAACAGGUGAUUUCUCCCCAUUUCCCUCCUGUCCCCUCCCACCUUGAUGAAUUACACAGCUGCUCUGGGGAUCAUCUGCCUGUUGGAGUCCCAGAUUUUCCAAACUGGAUCACAGCAGUGAAGUUUGGAGUUGGGAAUGUUGCUGGGUGAAUGUGAACCUGGCCAGGUGAAGCUGAAGAAUGAGGAAAUGCAGCCAAGGACGAGUGAGACUGGGUUAAUUAAAUUCAGUGAAUGCUGAUUUCAAGUGACAAAGUGCAGCUCAAAAAUUAUAUUUCCUCCUUCCCAUGUUUUCCCAUUUACUGGAAAAAAGACAAAGUGGAGGACAAAUCCCAGCAAGCUGUAGAAUACUGGGAGGAUACAAAAGAACAGAGCCUGGAAAAUUCUUCUUUCCUUUGGAUGAAAGAAAAAUGUUAAAGCUGAGAGUGUGGAGGAGAAAUGUUGUGUCCUUGUCCUGUGGAAGGAGCAGGAGGAGCAGCAGAGGAGUUUGGAAUUGGCAGCUGCAUCUCUAAAUGCAGCUCAGCUCCCUGCUGGGAAUUCUGUUCUGUGUCCCUCCUGGACAAAAUAAACAAAAUAAACAAGCUGGAGAAAAUAAACCUCUCUUCAAUUUUUGUCCUAAGUUAGACCAGUGAUCUGACACUCUGCUCACAACUCUUAAUCAGGAUUUAUUUCUAAUCAUUUCAAGGGCAUUUCUAGCAUCACUGCCUUCUGGUUGCUUCUGCUUUAAAUCCUUGCCCAGUCCCAGCACAGUGCUGGUUUUCCUCUCUUGGCUUUCCUCCUGCAGCAUUUCCUGGGAUCUCCCCCAUUUCAGGGACCUGCAGCUCCUUAAGGGAUUUUAGUUGGGUUUGCAGCAUUACUGUAAAUUUUUUUUUUUUUUUGGAGCAUCUGUACAUUUUGUUGGUGGAAUAUUUGUGUGCUGGAGUAAGAGCCUAUCAGUGAUGUUUUUUGCUCUUCAGUUGGUGGUAAAUCUCUGUCCUGAAACACCUUUUUGAGAGCUGGAAGUUAGGGAAGCAAGAUUAUUGCUCUGACAUAGAUUUAGUUUCUUUUUUUCUUUUUGAUGAGUAAUUACUUUUCUUAAAGAACUUGUAAACUUUUUUUCCCAAUAUCCCUUCAUAUCUAGGUUCUCUGAUCCUCUGUUGUAGGUUGUGUGUGAAGAAAUACGGAUUUGUGUUCUAGAAAGUCUUAUUGUUAAUAUUUUAAAUAGUGAUGUGAAAGCCUGAGUCAUAUUUUUAUUUGUUUUGUGUUCUCUGUAUCACUGCUGAAAGUUUUGUUUAUUUGAUGAGGUUGGAGCCAGCAGUCAACACCAUGGUACCAAAAAUAUCUGCUUUCUAUUCCUGGGAAAUCUGUCAAAAUUGGAGACAUGUCCAGUUCAAACCUCCCUAGUAAUUAAAUGAGAAUUAUUUGUAGAUUGGCUGCGCUUGAGCAAAAACUCCACUUUAGGAGUGAGUUAAAGAGUGGGUGAGGAUGAAAGAAGAGGCUUGGGGAGAAUUGUGUUUGAUUGACCCAGAGCAGUGAAGCAUCAAACCCAUCAAAACCCAGAUUUAAAUGAUUGUAAAGAACAGGAUUUGGGAAAAAAAUUGGUCCUCAAGUGAUGCUAAAUGGCUUUAAGGCCCUGCAUGUUAAAAACGAGGGGAAAAAUAAACUUUUCUUUGUGAAGGGGCGUGGGAGGGUCCUGAGCUUAACAUAAUGUCAGGCAAAGUUUGUACAUAGUUGAAAGUUUUUAAUUUUUUUUAUAUGAUGCAUUUUUUCAAGUGUAUUUUGGUCUUUAAUAGAUGCAAUUGUAAGUACUGUGUACACUCUCCAGCUAAUAAAAUUUAUA